CUUUCUCUCUCUUUCUAGAAUAGCUAGUAUAAAAAGGAGAAGCCUUGGGUGCUGUCGAUGGACAGGAAAGAGGGAGCUGAAGCCUCAAGAGGAGCUCGAGCCCACGCCACUCCGCCAUGGACAUGGAGCUGGAGCACGGAGGAGACGAAGACGAGAGAGGGAGUGAUUCCUCCUCCUCCAAGAGGAGCUUCGGCGCUUCGUCGGAUGCAACCGUCAGCAGCACACCAAGCAAGCUGCAAGCUCUGAGGUUUGCAGAGGACCUCUCUCUCCCAUCGGUGCAGGUGGUGGUGAUGAGCGCCAACAUGGGGUGCUCGCACUGCCGGCAGCGGGUCGCCAACGUCGUCUCCAAGAUGAACGCAGGGCUGCUGGACUACAUGGUGGACUUCGGCAAGAAGGAGGUGACGGUGCGCGGGAAGGUGGUGCACACCAAGAAGAAGAAGAAGAAACACAGGAAGGCACUGCUGGGUGGUGCUGCAGGUUGGGACGACGCCAGAUCGACGGCGUCGUCUUCGCCCGGCGGCGGCCAUGCCAGGACGCUGUCCUGGUUUUUGGGAUGCUACGGCUCAUGACCACCAUAUAUAGCUAGUAUAUAUAGUAGGUACUAUAGUCUAUAUAUAUAUAUAUACCGCAUGCAUAUACAGAGUAUCAUACUGCUGUAUGCUUGUUAUAUUUAUAUAUACCUAGUAGCAGCUGCAUAUAGUUUUUAAUAAUAAUAAUCUGUUAGUAAUCUGUUCCCUUUA